CAGGUGGGAGGUGCGGCCGCGUUGCUACAGCCAGAGCUGGGCUGCAGCGGUGUUGCUGGACGAGACUUGCGGAGCCGAAGGCCGUGGAGCGAUGGAGGGGCUGGAAGAAAAUGGAAGUGCGGUCCAAGUUGGAGAAUUGUUGCCUUGCAAGAUUUGUGGAAGAACAUUCUUUCCAGUAGCAUUAAAAAAACAUGGACCUAUUUGUCAGAAAACUGCCACUAAAAAACGGAAGACUUUUGAUUCAAGCAGACAAAGAGCAGAAGGAACUGAUAUUCCAACUGUAAAACCUCUUAAACCUAGGCCAGAACCACCAAAGAAACCAUCUAAUUGGAGAAGAAAACAUGAAGAAUUCAUUGCUACCAUAAGAGCAGCUAAAGGCCUGGAUCAGGCCCUUAAAGAGGGUGGCAAACUUCCUCCUCCUCCUCCACCUUCUUAUGAUCCUGAUUAUAUCCAGUGUCCAUAUUGCCAAAGGAGAUUCAAUGAAAACGCAGCUGAUAGACAUAUAAAUUUCUGUAAAGAACAGGCAGCACGUAUUAGUAAUAAAGGCAGAUUUUCUGCUGAUACCAAAGGAAAACCAACUACUAGGACACAGUAUAAACCACCUGCACUUAAAAAGUCAAACUCUCCUGGAACCACAUCGUCAGGAUCUUCACGAUUACCACAACCAACUGGCACUAGCAAAACUGUUGUAGGUGUGCCUUCAGGAAAAGUGUCUUCAGUUAAUAGCUCUUUGGGGAACAAACUUCAGACCUUAUCUCCCUCUCAUAAAGUGGUAGCAGCUCCUCAAGCAGGAACUAACAUCAAACCUCGAAAUUCCACACCACCCAGUUUGGCAAGAAAUUCUGCGGCAGGUGUAUUUAUAAGCAAAAGAAAAACACAUACUGAGAGCUACAUAGCUAGGCCAGAUGGAGACUAUGCAUCUUCCCUUAAUGGUGGAAACAUUAAAGGCAUAGAAGGAAACUUGUCUGGACACUUACCAAAAUUCUGCCAUGAGUGUGGGACAAAAUACCCUGUAGAAUGGGCAAAGUUCUGCUGUGAAUGUGGCAUUCGAAGAAUGAUUCUGUGAACAGAAUCUUAAAAAGAGCCAGAUUCAGAGUUUUAUGAUUGUUGCUUCUUGGAUAGUUUGAACACUUCCUGUAGUUAUUUUGUGCUAAAACUAUUCAAAAUACUGUUUUCAUAAUUUUUGGAGCAUAAUUCUUCAGUUGAUUAAUGUGUUUGUAUAUAUGUGUGUAUGUAGUGUAUAUAAUAAAUACCUGAUAGCCCAAGCUGUGCUAUUCUAGGAAAUAUUCACUCACCUGUCAGAAAAUCAUUUCCAGUGGAGCCAUUAACUUAGGUAUUAUUCUUCUGUUAAAACAUAUUCGGUAUACCUUCAGAAACGCUCGAGUGCUUAGCUGUUCAAGCUUUAGGAUAAUCACAAGUUUGAACAAAAAUUCAUAUUAAACAUUGCUAUUGUUUGUGCCUAGGAUCAAGAGUAUUGUAGCUUAUGGGACACUUGGAAUUUUGUAAUGAAGAGAAGGUUUUAGUUUUUCUUAGUUGAUGUGAAGUCAUUUUCCUGUUGAACUUUUCAACAACUAACUUUCUAUUGCAAAAAAAGAGGAGAAAAAAAAUGCCUAAGGUCCUUGUUGUCCCCAAUUCAGUAUAUUAUUAAUUAUGUAAUUGAAGGAGCCUUACAUGUUCUGUGAAAAUGUAAUUAUUCAAUUUUCUUUCCAGAAACACAAGACUAAAAAUACAAAUGUAAAUUAUUAUACCUGAUUUUUUAAACCUGUGUGUAUAUUAGUUGAACAUACAUUCUACUUCACUUGUAUUCCUAAUUUUUACUUUUUUCUUUCUUUACUAUAACUUGUCUGAAGAGUAGUUUUAAUUUUUUAAUUUACUACAUCUUUGCAGUAUUUUAAAAUGUAAUUAUUUAUAAAUUACAAAAAAAAUUUUUUUCCCACUGGGGCCUCAAGCAUUCUAGGUAAAUGCUCUACCACUGAGCUACAUCCCCUCCAAUCCCUUUUUAUUUUAUUUUGAGACAGUCUUGCUAAAUUGCCCAGGCUGGUCUCUAACUUGUAAUCCUUCCUUCUCAGCCUCUCCAGGAGCUGGGAUUAUAGAUACGUGCUACUUCACCCAGAAAGAUGCUCAAAUUUCUCUGUAAAAUCUUCCAUUUUAAACAUUUUAUUUCUGUGUAGCUGAAUUCAUAAAAAAUUAAGACAUUUUAAAACAGACCACUUCACUUUAAUAAAUAAUAAUUGUGGUAAUUACUCAUUACUGCUGAGCAUGCAGGUAAAAAUUAUUUAAAUUUAAGUUCUUUAUAGUACAUUUAGAUGUAGAUAUGAGUAGGUUAAGAGAAUAUCUAAUUUUCCUACUCAUAUUUUAUACUUUAGUGUUUAAUGUUGAAACUCCAUUUACAUCUUAAUAAAAACCACUGAAAAUGUAUUAAUUGAAUGCAUAGUUUACUUCUAUAACUACACAUUCACAAAAAUUUAUAAUUUCUUUUUAACAUGACUAAAAUAGAGAUGUUGAUUAUUGUCACUUUCAGUUUAAGUUUUCUUUCAGAGCUUAUCCAGCCAUAUUCACUAACUCCUUAGUAAUUAUGUUCAAUCAAAUCGAAGUCAGCCUUAUCUUAGUAUAAAGGUAUAAGUAAAUUUUUUAUAUAAUAUUUUCUAGCUUUUGGUUUAUAAUUUUGAUUCACUGUAAGAAUCAGUGUAGAAAUUUGUGACUUAGAAUUUCAUUUAUCUGAAAUUAAGUUUUUGUUUUUAUUUUUACAUCAGGAAGGUAUUAUAAACUUAGUGGUAUUGGAAUUGUCAGUUUUACUUGCCUUAUAUCCUUUCCUGAUUUUUUUACUAGUUUUUUUUCCCAGUUAACCUGUUACAGUAUAAAAAAGUUCAUCAACUCAAGCUGUAAUGAAUUUAGAAAACUAAUAUACCUACUAGAUUUCCAUUUCAAUAACUUCUAUUCUCUAAGUGUUAUGAAGCAUAUAAAGAAUUUAGAAUUGUGUUUUUCUAGGAAUGAACACUGUUUUCUUUCAGAUAUGUUUCUAAGAUCACAUACCUUUUUCUUUUUAUGCUCAAGGAAAAACAUGAGUUUAAAUUAAAUUGGCACAUGUUUAUUUCUCACUGAAUUUUUCAGUAGUAGGUAAAUAUUAUAAUGUAUUCCAUGGAAAUGAAUUGGUAAGCAAUCAUCCAACUCCAGAGCCCAGAGAUUAUUAUAACCAGUAAGUAGGUGAAAUAUGACUUAUAAAACAUGUUGUGACAGUGUAUUUAAGUGCAUUUUAUAUUACUUGCAUAUUUUAGUCUCACAUUGAUUUGUUGUGCAAUAGUGUUUAAGCAAUCAUACUAUGCAUCGUUUAUUUUAUUUUUAUUUAUUUGCACAAGUAUUUGCCAGUAUGGUAGAAUGAAAAAUUAUUGUAAGCUUAAGUUAAAAAUGUAAAAAAUCACUUAUAUAUUAUUCUGAAAGUUAGCUUGAAAAAGAUUAUUGUGACUACUGUUUCCUGUUCAUAUGUUUUUUAUAUCUUCAUUUUGAACCAAUUCAAUAAAGACAUGAAGUGCAAAAAG